UGUGUUUAGACGUGUUUUCGUUGCGAGCUUUUGACCCGGUCUACGCGUGUUUUCGCGCAUCAACUUAGAAUCAAGCGCAUCUGGCAGCAAUUCCGUAGAGUAUUUUGUGCUUUCGAAAAUAUUAAAUCAGUAAAUUAUUUGAAAGUGAUAUUUUUUGGCUAAUUUGCGUAGUGUGAAAGAGAAGUAUAAAUAAUUCGGCACUGUGUUCUUUAAAGUGUCCAUUACAAUUAGCCAAAACUAUAGUCAGCCUUACAUUAAUAUUAAAUGAUCAAAAAAGAUCGCGAUCGCGAGAUUGACCAAUUUUUGUGUAUACCAAAGUGCACUGAUAAGUUUAGUUAUUUCUCUUCAUGAAAAAAUACGUAAAAUUAUUAAUUAAAAAUAAAUAUUACUUCUCAGACGUAUCCAAAUAAGAAGUUAAAGUUACUUAAAAUUAUUUAUCAUAGGCCCAGUAAUCGCAGGAAUUUGAUUUUGAAUACCAAUGGAUCAACUCCAGUAACCAGCUUCUGUACAUAUUUAUUGUGAUAAAAUUGCAUGUACCACCACUGUAUAUCACUGAAUUGAUUUGAGAAACAACAGAAUAACAUUUUUUAAUCCAUUGUGUACAGUUUUUGUGCACCGAUUGUUAUCAAUAACUGCGGUUACGCCAUCAACAACAACAGCAGCAACAUCGUUAAGUCAGCAUAACCACCACCAACAGCAACAACAAAUCGUUUUUCUGUUGGACAAUGCAAGCAGGCGAACUAUGAGGUAACUCCACAGGCAGCCACAAUCGAAAAUACCAAAAGCAAAAAAAAAAGUGAAAGGCAAAUCAUUUGCUCAAACACACGGUAUACAUACAAACAAGUACUCGAGCCUAAUCCUAGGCGUUUGGGCAGAAAGCCGACAAAGAAUAAACAACUCCGCCUAAAAAAUAUUAUAUAAACACACACACUUUUACGUACACACACACACACACACACCAAUGAAAAUGCAUAUGACGCACGCCACAUCCACGCUGGCUUAGGUCUUGCCGGUUAAGGCGCUUUAUUGAAAUAAUCCUGCCGUUGAAUCCUGCUUGAAAAAGAGCAUAAAAAAGUCAAGUUGAAAUUUCUGAAAUAAAUCCAUCACUGCGCUGGAAUUUCGCAAGAGCGAUAGUGGCCGCAUUCACUCGCUACAACAGGCAACGGCAAUUGCGUCACACUCAUCUAUUUCUGGCGCGUAUCCUUGAAAUUCCAAUAAUUCUUAUUUUUCGCCAGCCGGUUUACUAUUAAAUUUCCAUCAUUGCGUUUUUAUAUUUUACGCCGACGUGCCCCGAGCACAACCACCAUCCACACCAUCUUCACUCGCAGCAGCAGCAGCAACACCAUCACCACCAUCAACAGCAACAGCAGCAGCACCAGUUGUCGGCUCAUCUGCACACCACACAUCCACUGUUCAAGCAAUCACCGCCGAAGGUUGUGCUCCUGCCAUCGCCUGCGACUCGCCUUUUCUCCCCGCACGCACACACCCAUCCCACACGUUGUGAGACGGAGACACCUCCACCUUACGCUUCCAAAAUAACCGCUAUAACGGCUAACAACAUCAUAAGCAGCAGUGCGGCCAGCAGCCCUAACAGCUUCUACAAGCACACGGCGACACAUUUUCUUAACGUCGCCGACACAAUGAAGAUGUCAAAGCUGUCCAAUCAGACGAACUCGCAGGAUCCACAGGCGGUGAAUUCACGAAUCUUUGUGGGCAAUUUGAAUACGUUCCAGUGUUCAAAGACAGACGUAGAACGAAUGUUUCAGAUCUAUGGUCGGUUAGCGGGUAUAUCAAUGCAUAAGGGCUAUGCAUUCGUACAGUUUACGAAUCCGUUUGAUGCACGCAAUGCUUGUCAUGGCGAAGAUGGACGCACGGUGCUGAGCCAAACUUUGGAUGUCAAUAUGGUUGCUGAGCCCAAGCCACACCAGAUCGGAAGAAAGCGACAGAAUGUCUCCAAAACAGGAAAUGAUUGGGACUACUUCUAUGACAGUUACUGCUCAUCGACGCUGCUUCGCUCAUCCGGCGUCCGUCCGAAGAAGCGCAAACGUCUAAUGACAUCCACGUCGCGUUUACUCAGCGAUGCUGUGAAUAGCAGCAACAUAAAUGCUGCCGUCGCUGCUGCAGCACUUGCCCAACAACAACAACAAUUGCAUCAGCAACAACAGCAGCAGCAGCAGCAGCAACAGCAAACUUCUCACUUGUUGCCGCAUCCGCAUCAUUCGCAUCAUGCACAACAACAACAAGUGCAACAGCAACAGGCACAACACCAUCAACAACAACAGCAACAGCACCAACAGCAGGUGGCUGCUGUCGCUAUGGCCGCCAUGACGGCCAAUUUAUUGCCACAGCAACAGUUGCUGCUACACCAACAUCAACAUCAGCACAGUUUGUUGGGAAAUGCUAAUAGUGCGGCAGCAGCAGCCGCCGCAGCAGCCGCAGCUGCGGCCACAUGCAAUGGUGCUGCUGGCGGGGGUAAUGGCGCCGCUACAACUACAGCCCAUCACAAUCUCGGCGUAUUUUUGCAACAACAGCAAAUUAAACAGCAGCAACAAGCGGCGGCGGCGGCAGCAGCGGCGGCGGUCGGCCAAUACACAUUGACGCCGUCUGGUGGUUUACAAUUGAAAUCGUCGUCCGUGCAAAGUGCCGCCACAGCAAUAAUUGCUGCCGCUAAUCAAACAUCGUUGUUGAAUGGUGGUACCACAGCAAGCGUUGGGGGUAACGAGCAAAUGUCAACAACAGCCACGAAUUACGGUAGCAUGGCAAAUGGUCAGACAGCGCAGCAACAGCAGCAGCAACAACAAUCACAGUAUGUGGGGGGUGGUGCCAUGCAACCGUUGACAUUAUCGCUACCCAACAUCCAUCAGUCACAACAACAGCAGCAGCAGCCGAAGUCAUCAGUGCUGCAAAAGCAAACACCACAACAACAACAGCAAAUCCAUCAGCAACAAGAGCAAUUAACUGCGAAUCAACAAUGGGGACCGUUCAAAGUUUACAGCAAUCCGGACACAUUAAUUUGCGGCAAUUGUCGGGAAUGUUUCAACGAACUGGAUGAAUUAUUAGACCACAAACGGAGUUAUUGCAAGUUGCGUUUCACUUGCAAGUGCCAGGAUGUUGCGUUUACUGCAAAAACACCGCCAAUGAGCGCCAAACUUUUAUGUGCGGUUUGCAAGGACGCCUUUGCCAAUCCGUGGGAUUUGAUGGUGCACGCCCAGGCCGCCCACAUGGUCAACAUUUACGAAUUGGGCAAUGAGGCUAAUAACAAUUAUACCAGCAGUACCGAUUGUGCUGAUGCCGGUGUCAGUACAAAUACCAGCAGCAACAAUAACAAUAGCGGCGCUACCUUAGCAGCGGUACCAAACACUGCCACAAAUAUUAGCAGCAACUACAACAACAGCACAAAUACAACUGACACCGCUGAUUUGGCCAACAGUGCACAGUUGUCGUCACCGUCGCUGUUUAAGAUAGAGUUAAAUAAUAACAACAACAACAAUAGUAACAAGAACAUUGCCAAAAACAAUAACAACAGCAUCAAAAAUACCGACAUAAGUAGCGGCCAUGAAAUACAAUUGUCGCCAACAGCUGAAACAUUGCCACCGCAGCCAGCACCAACAUCGGUGCUUGGCAAAUUAGAGAGCAAUAACAAAAACAACAACAACAACAUCGAUGCAGAAACAACCAUUUUGUCGACUGUUGGCAACAAUGGUUUCAUAGCCAGCAAUGGACAUAGACAUGUUGGCGAUGCUGAUCAUUGCAUGGAUAGCAAAUUUGGCAUUUGUAAUAGUCCGAAUGGCUCAAUUGCCAAAGAGUGCGAUAAUGCCCGUUUGGAUGGCCACAUUUCGAUUUUGUCGCACACUCAUGAUGGAGACGAUGUGAAAAUGUUGGACGGUUCAUUGUCAUCGCGUGGCAGUUCACCAGCUCUGGAGCAUGAUGAGCAAGAAGAGCAACAACAACAACGGCAGCAGCAAAACGCACAACCCGCCUGCAUUGUGCGCACACUGAGCAUUGUAAGUGCAAAGAAGCAGCUACCACCUCGAGCACAACAACCAGCUUGAUGACCAACACUUUGGCAUUAAGCCUUACAAAUGGCGUUGCCAAUGCAGCAGCUGCGUUGGCGCCACAAUAGAGCGGCAAAAACCAUCAGUAUUCUUGAACAAAAAUCCACACAAACAAUAAAAAAAUAAAAAAAAAUACAAUAAAAAAAAAAGAAACACCACAAAAACAACAUCACGUGACUUAUGAAAUACAAAUACAAACAAAAGUCAAAUUAAAACGAAUGAUGGGCAGGGUGAGUGCGUGGCGUAUGAGUAACAUUGUGGAUGCGAGCAAUAUGCAUGCUCACAAAUCCUUAUGCACAUACCGUAAGUAUGUAUGUAUGCAUUAAUGCAUACUUACGGAUAGUUAUAUGUAUGUAUUGUAGUAUUUAUAUGUAUAUAUACAAUAUUUGUAUGCAAAUUUGGUGGUGAAUGAAAAAUUUAAAGUGAACUUCAUUUACAGUUUUUUGGUUUCGGCUUUGGUUUCAGUUGUUUUUGACAAAAUCAACAAAUAAAGAAUCAAUUCAUUCGCCAAAAUGUGUGCACAAUUAAAAAUAAAAAAAACCAAAAAAAAAAAA